AUGAGCGUCAAAACUGUGUCAAUUACUCCCUUCCAGGACCAGAAGGCUGGGACAUCCGGUCUUCGCAAGAAGGUCACCGUCUUCCAGCAGCCAAACUACUCCGAGUCCUUUAUCACAAGCAUUCUACUCUCCAUCCCAGAAGGCGUUGAAGGUUCCUUUUUAGUCAUUGGUGGUGAUGGGAGGUACUACAACCCAGAAGUCGUGCAAUUGAUUGCCAAAAUCGGAGCUGCGUAUGGCGUCAAAAAGUUACUGGUGGGCCACAAUGGGAUCUUGAGUACACCAGCUGCCAGUCAUGUUAUCAGAAAGAGAAAGGCCACAGGAGGUAUCUUGCUUACUGCAAGCCAUAAUCCAGGCGGACCAAAUGCGGAUUUCGGUAUUAAAUACAAUCUUUCGAACGGUGCCCCCGCCCCCGAAUCAGUGACAAACAAGAUCUAUGAAACUUCCAAGCACCUGACAUCAUACAAAAUCGCUGCAAUACCGGACAUCGAUCUUGCGCAUAUCGGGGUCCAGAAAUGCGGACCCCUGGAGGUGGAAGUUAUCCAUUCCACAACUGACUAUGUUGAUAUGCUUAAGGAGAUAUUUGACUUUGAUCUUAUCAAAUCCCUAUUUAAGAUACAUCCAGAUUUCAAAGUCCUCUUCGAUGCAUUGCACGGCGUCACUGGACCAUAUGGAAAGGCCAUUUUCCUCGACGAAUUAGGACUGCCAGCCACUAGUGUGCAAAAUUGCGUUCCCUCUCCAGACUUUGGUGGCGGACAUCCUGAUCCAAAUCUGACAUACGCACACUCUCUGGUCGAAGCCGUCGACAAAAAUGGUAUUCAAUUUGGUGCGGCGAGUGACGGAGACGGAGACCGCAACAUGAUAUACGGAGCCAAAACUUUCGUCUCGCCAGGAGACAGCUUGGCCAUUAUUGCCCACCAUGCAAAACUGAUUCCAUACUUCAGGGACCAAGGUGUCUAUGGCCUAGCCCGCUCAAUGCCAACUUCCGGCGCCGUCGACCUAGUCGCCAAAGCGCAGGGCCUGCAAUGCUACGAAGUGCCCACGGGCUGGAAGUUCUUCUGCGCCCUCUUCGACACCAAGAAAAUGUCCAUCUGCGGCGAAGAGAGUUUUGGCACAGGCAGCAACCACAUCCGCGAAAAGGACGGCCUCUGGGCUGUCAUCGCCUGGCUCAACAUCAUCGCCGGCGUCGCCAAAGCCAACCCGGAUAAACCCGUCAGCAUCGCCGCGAUCCAAUACGAUUUCUGGAAAGAAUACGGCCGCACCUUCUUCACCCGCUAUGACUACGAAAAUGUCGAUUCCGCCGGUGCUAGCAAGGUCAUUGCACAUCUCACGGACCUCAUUACAACCCAGAAAGAAACUUUCGUUGGCUCUAGCGUUUCAGGCCGCAAGGUCCUCGAGGCAGAUGACUUCUCCUACACCGACCUGGACGGCAGCGUGAGUAAGAAUCAGGGCAUCUACGUCAAGUUUGAUGAUGGGAGUCGGAUCGUGGUCCGGCUCUCGGGGACUGGUAGCAGUGGCGCAACGAUUCGGUUGUAUGUUGAGCGUCAUGAGGCGGAUGAGAAGGAGUUCGGGAAGGAUGCGCAGGAGUAUUUGAAGGAGAAUAUUGGGUUGGCGGUGCAGUUGUUGAAACUGAAGGAGUUUAUUGGAAGGGAGGAACCGGAUGUUAAGACUUAA